AUGCGCAAGUGUGCCCGCCGGACAGUGCCCGUGCUGCGAGUUGUGUCCGCAGAGCUCUGUAUUUCCUUCCUUGCAGUUAAAAAUCAGACCAUUGUUCCAGUACAUACUGAAAGAGGUGGGAAACUGUAUUAUGUGGGAAUUGGAAUACAAGAGUUUCUGAGUCAAUCUGACUACUAUUUUAAUAUACCACCUACUCAGGAAAAUAGGAAAAUUGUAACAUUCAUGAAGCAAGGUCAAGUGUUUGGGCUUCAAGAACUUCUGAACCUGAUGUGGACUUUGGAGGAAACUGAUCAAAGAGGAUGAUUUUCACUGCACAAGGCUGCAACUUGGCCAAUUCUGCAAAUACUUGUAGUCAUUUUAGAUGUUCUUACCUCUUAUGAAACAGUGUUGGAAUACAAAACAUGCAAUGGAGAAACAGCAUUAACCUUGGCAGCAAAAGCUAGCUUUGUGGAAAAUGUGUGAAUGCUACUGGAAAACAGUGUUUAUCCCAAUACCACAAAUUAUGAAGGAGAAACUCCACUUCUUGCUGCUACAAGAAGGGGCUCUUUUGAAAUGGUAUCCACUCUGAUUAAAUACAACUGUACCAUCUACCAACUGUUCAUGAAACAUUGGUCAGCAAUGCAUGGAUGCAAACAGAGAUGCAAAGACAUUGUUAAUCUUCGGAAGAAUGGUGGAAAUGUGAACAUUAAGGGUGAAUAUUGAGUAACACCAUUAGGUGUUGCUGAUGAAUAUGGUCACUGUGAUGUGCUGGAGCAUAUUAAUCAUAAAGGUAUGUUCUGUAUUCUCCUUCAGUGUGGAGAUGUCCAGGCCUUAGCAGAUGAUUGUGAAUCAGUACUGUUUAAAGUAGCUGGAGAAGGUAAUCCAGACUGCAUAGCCCUUCUUUUGGAAUAUGGAGGAAGUGGUAAUGUGCAUAAUGAGGCCACACUGCUUCCCAUACACAAAGUGGCUUAUAAGAGAUUUAGGAAAGAAUUCUAUAAUCCUUUCUUUUUGAAAUGUCUGUGUCGUCUGAAAAUGUGUAAACUCAUGGGGUUAAAGAGGCUCCAGAAACUGUCAUCCAUGAAGAAAUUUCCACUUCCACCAGUUCUCAAGAACUUAAUUCUAUAUAAAAAAUAUUAUCUGUAUGAAAAAGGGAUGCAUUUAGAAUAG